CUCAGCAAUUACUUCUGAGCCCUUUUGAUCAUCAGGUUCUACCGGGCUUUUUCUCCAUAUUUAAGCGCACUCGAUAGGAACGGAACCAUGCAGCGCGAUACUGAUUUAACGUUCGGAGAGAUCCAUGGAAGCCACGACAGCUUCGUCCAAAAUAUUGAGCAAAUUAUUGACACUGCGCUAGUAAAAAGCGAAGAAGAGGCUCCGAUCAGACUGCGUUUCCUUACGCGGCCUGAAUCUGCAAGGGUUGGACCUGAGAAUACUGAUCCUGCUUGUUAUCAGCUCACCUCGCCACACGAGCACAAACCUCGUAUGCGAUACAUAUCUGUGUCCUACUGCUGGAACCAUAAUCAAAGCUCUGAGGGGCUCACACUUCCGGACUAUCAUAUACAAGUCGAACCUGGGAGCCAACGACGUCCUAUUUCCUGUCCACCAUUGGUAUUCCAUCGCUCUAUGCGCUUUGCCCGGUGGCAAAGAUGUUCCUAUGUUUGGAUCGACCAGGAGUGCAUCAUGCAAACAGAUCCAACCGAUGUUGAACGGCACUUGAAGGUCAUGCACCGCGUGUAUGGGCAAAGUAGGUGGACAGUGGCAGUUUUGGCGACCCCUAUAUCAGAUGAGUACAACCUGGAAGCGUUACUCAAAGUGACUCGUACCCCGGGGUCACCAAACGGACGAGAUUUCGAGAUUGCGACUGUAGUUGCUUUGAACCUCCUUCACACCAUUUCCAAAGAUCGAUGGUUCAGCCGUACAUGGGCUUUCCAGGAGAAAUACUGCGCCACGUCGUUGCACUUACUGAUUCCAAUCGCUGGGUUCAAAAUAACAAGCUACUUCAAGCAGCAUCUUCUCGGGGAUGAGGUUGAUAGCAGCUGGGACUUUUGCCUGCCUAUAAAGAUCGUGAGGAAGCUUCUUAUGCGCUUGAGAUCAGGACCCUCCGCAGCCAAAAUUGCUGAUCACUGGAAUUCAAAAGACGGCUUAUCGUUUCGAGAUACGAUCGAAAACUUAGGAAUCUGGUACCACAAUGUGGGUCAAUCCAUCGUUGGCGAGGGAAUAUUGGAUUGGUUUGAGAACUCACAUCUCAUUCACGGCGCGUUCGCGAUGCUGGAAAUAUGCGACAAUCUAGUAGUUGCGGACAGGAUAUCCAUAUUCGGCAAUCUCUGUGAGCUCCCGUAUCGAUUGCUGUCGAACCGACUCAACGACCCACAAUAUAGCUACAGUACCUGUCUGCUGGCUCUUCUACUAGCCAACUUCUUUCCUGGUCCGCAACAGCGAGCCGAAGCGAUUAAACGAUAUGCAUGGCAUAUACGAGAUCACACACUAGGGUCUACCCUCGAAACCGAACUGUUCGCCCAAGCCAUUGAUGCGUCUGAUCCGGAGCACAUCAGUGAUGUCAUGCAAUCAGGAAAGACGGUAGGAUGGGGUCGCUUCUGUGCCAUCUUCUUCAUUGGAUCAAUCGUUCUUUUGCAAUUUCUGACCGUGUUCAAUGUGCUACUUAGUUGAGCAAGGCUAGAUAGCUGUAGGCACAUGCUGGGCAGGU